AUGGCCAACCAGAAAAACGCCCAGGAGCUGCUCAAGUGGGGGCUGCAGCACACGCCCGACAACGGCGUCGACGGCUCGGCCUCGGUGGCGCAGAUCAGCGCCGACAUUGAGGCGGGGCGGCGGCCCGACCUCUCCGACCCGCGCCUCUACGAGGCCAUCAUGGGCAAGUCCGAGGCGCAGAUGAUGCAGGAGGAGCUCGCCGUCGCCCUCGACGCCACCAGGCCCCUCGACGACCGGUGCACCGCGCUCGACAACUUUGAGAUGCUCAUCGAGACCAUCGACAACGCCAACAACAUCACCAGCAUGAAGAUGUGGACGCCGCUCGUCGAGCUCCUCUCGGCCUCGGAGCCGCGCAUCCAGACGGCCGCCGCGUGGAUCGUCGGCACCGCCGUGCAGAACAACGACAAGGGCCAGGUCGCCAUCCUCGCCUUUUCGCCGCUCGCGCCCCUCCUCGACCUCCUCCGCUCCGACGACACACAGACCCGCAGCAAGGCAAUGUACGCCCUCAGCGGCCUCCUCAAGCACAACCCGGCCGCCGUCAAGCAGUUCCAGGACAUGGACGGCUGGUCCCGCCUCCGCGGCGCGCUACUCGACCCCAACAUCACCCUCCGCAGGAAGACGGCCUUCCUCAUCAACACCCUCCUCUUCCAGGAUCCAAACGUCCCCGGCUCCUCGUCUCGUGCCGCCAACCGCAGCGCUGAAGCGACGACGGCAUCGACGAGAUCAUCGACCUCGACAGCGCUGACGACGACGGCAGUCGCACCCGCUUCCAGCGCGACUGCAGUGGCACCUUCGUCUUCCGAUCCGCGCGGACCGGGUCCUGCGCCCCUCGAGCGCGGGCCAGAGACGAUGCUGACGGGCGUCGCGCACCCAGACGUAGCCGUGGCGGCGCGCGCCGACCUCGACUUUGCCGAAAAGGCCACCCGCGCCAUCCUCACCUUCACCGCCAAGCUCGACGAUGGCCAGCCCGGUCGGACCGCCGUCGGUCUCGACGACGGCAUCGUCAGGCUCCUCGCUGCCCUGGCCGCUGACCUCCGAGGCGCUCCCCUCGAUCCCAACGCCGGCUUCAAGGCGCGCUGGGACGAGCUCUCGAUCGAGCGCGACGCCUUCGAGGCGUUCGACAGCAGGGUCAGCACCUGGACCGCCGCCUGA